AUGAUUGAAUCCGGUCUUCUCAACGAGGUUAAGUCAGAGCUAGGAUACACAAUCCACUUCGAUAAUACCAUCCACUCCUAUGAAACCGAAAUUCUCUCCGAUGACCCCACAGUCGAUAACAUGAAGCGCCCUCAGAGCUGCUCAAACGUCAACCACAAACUUCACACUCAGACAUACGAACACGCUUCCCAGGGAAGACUCGUCUUGACUCUCGGUGGUGACCAUUCGAUCGCCAUCGGCAGUAUCUCUGGUGUUUCCAAAGCGAUUAGGGAGAGACUUAACAAGCCUCUCGCUGUAAUCUGGGUUGACGCCCAUGCUGACAUUAACACAUACAAAUCUUCUCCUUCUGGAAAUAUACACGGCAUGCCCGUUGCUUUCCUCACUGGUCUGUGUUCGCACGAUAUAUUCGGCUGGCUUAAGGAGGAAGACCGCAUUCCAGUUGAUAAGCUGGUGUAUAUCGGUCUCCGAGAUGUAGAUUCAGGCGAGAAGAAGAUUCUGAGAGAAAACAAGAUCAAGGCCUUCUCAAUGCACGAUAUCGAUCGUUACGGAAUCGGGCGAGUGGUUGAUAUGGCUUUGGAGUAUAUUGGAGAUGAUACUCCCAUUCAUUUGAGCUUUGAUGUCGAUGCUUGCGAUCCUGCACACGCUCCAUCCACCGGCACACCCGUUAGAGGCGGUCUGACCCUCCGUGAGGGUGACUUCAUCUGCGAAGCUGUUCACCAGACAGGCAGACUGGUCGCCAUGGAUCUCGUGGAAGUCAACCCCAGCAUUUUGGCACAGGAUGGUGGACCAGAUACUUGGCAGGUCGCGGAGACUGUAAGAACUGGAUGUAGCUUGGUUAGAUGUGCUCUUGGUGAGAGUUUGUUGUGA